AUGGAGAAACAAAUGGAUAAAACUAACUUGAACUUCACUUGCGUGACAAUCUCUAAAAGCCCUUUCAGUGACUUCCUGAUGGGCAUCUACAUCCUGGCUUUUAUCCUGGGCUUGGCCUUUAACCUCUUGACCCUUGGCCCCAUCGUCCAGCAGGUCCGCAGCCAGAACGUCCUUGGGGGUAUUCCUGCUCAACCUGUCCCUGUCUGA